AUGACUUUUAAGCUAUUUAAGGGGUCUAAGGGCCAAGAGAAACCGUUAGUCACAUUGGAUGGUGAGAAUGUAUCUCACUUGUUCGAACAGAACGAUGAAAACCUCAAUAAAGUGAGUUCUUUAAGUUUGCAACAGAUACGUCAGCGGCUAAAUUACAAGGAUGUAGGAUCGUAUCCAUUCUCAAGGCUAUUUGCAUGGCUACAAAUGUUCAUGGUAAGGAUCCUCAGGAUGGGUCCUGUUCCCAGACACUUGUCGUUUAUCAUGGAUGGGAACCGCCGUUAUGCAAAGAAAUUGGAUCAACCUGUGAAAGAGGGUCAUAGAGCCGGAGGCGCAACAUUAAUAGACAUCUUACAUAUCUGCAGAAGGUUGAAUGUGAGUAGUGUGAGUGCAUAUGCGUUCUCCAUUGAGAACUUCAAUAGAUCUCCUCAGGAAGUCGCGACUCUCAUGGAACUCUUGGGAUAUUAUAUCGAUCAGUUUACUGAACGUGCAACAAAUGCUAAGGAUGAGUUGUACGGAAUUAGACUAAGAGUCGUAGGAGAUCUUUCAUUAUUGAGUGAAGAGUUGCUCAAGAAGAUUCGUAACGCAGAGAAAUUGACUCGUGAUGGACAAGAGUUCGUGUUGUACCUUGCCUUGCCCUACACAUCGCGUAACGAUAUUGCACAUUCUAUGCAGGUUACCACCGACAAAUGCAUCAAUUCUAACGAGGAUAUCACAGAACAAGCCUUGACUGAUAACAUGUAUUUCGAACAGUACUCCAAUAAAUGUGAUCUAUUGAUUAGAACAAGUGGACACACAAGGUUGUCAGAUUAUAUGCUAUGGCAGGUCCAUGAAGGUAGUAUUAUCGAGUUUGUCGACUGUCUAUGGCCAGAUUUUAAUUUCUGGAGGCUAUAUUGGAUAAUGUUGAAGUGGAGUUUCUACCAAACUUGGCAAAACGCCAGUCAGUUGCCAGAUCCUGUUCGUACUAGAACUCGCGUGUUUCCAAAAAUAUCUGGAGCUCUACCGAUUGAAACUUUGAAAAGAACUAAACGUGUUGCACUAGACUCUUUACCUGCCGCACCAUUGGCCGUUUCCGUUGACCGGAAAUGA